UAAGCAAACAUUUGCGUAAACAGAGCUGCGGCCAACUCCAAACUGAAAAUGUGCAACAAGGAUUGUUGCGCCGUAAAGACAGCGCUGACAAUCCGUCGGAUGAAAAUGCUGGCAGAGAAGCAGCUGAAGGAAGAAGCCGCUGCCCCACCCAAAAAAAUACUGCUAACACCGCAAUCAGCUAUCUUUAGCUACGAGGAUUGCAAGAGAAUGGCUGAUUUUAUAAUUGCACGAACUGAGAUACGACCCAAAUUCGGUGUGGUAUGCGGUUCCAAUUUGGAUAUGCUGGCCCAGCUAAUUGAGAAUCCCAUUGUUAUCGACUAUUCGGAGAUACCAAAAUUUGAACUGUACACGGACGAUUUGCAUAAGAGCAAACUAUUUGCUGGCACUUUGAUGGGGGCGAAUGUGAUUGCGAUGCAGGAACGCUUUCAUGUCUACGAGGGCAAUCCGGUGGGCAGCUGUUCGAUGCCGGUGCGUGUCAUGAAAUUGCUGGGAAUUGAAUAUCUAUUCGUGACAUGUGCAUCGGCUGCCGUCAAUAAGCAUUACAAUGUGGGCGACAUAAUGCUCGUUAAGGAUCACAUCAAUAUAUUGGGCAUGAUUGACAAUUCGCCGCUGAUCGGGCCGAAUGAUCAACGCUUUGGCGAUCGUCAUUUCAGCAUGAUAAAUGCCUAUGAUCAGCAACUGAUCGAGAAGGCCCAGGAGAUUGCCCAUGAGAUUGGAUGCGAGAAUCGCAUUUGGACGGGCGUCUACUGUUGUCUGGGUGGCCCCGCCUAUGAGACGCCAGCCGAACAUCGACUUUUGCAACAAAUUGGCGCCGAUACCGUCGGCAUGUCCCUCGUUCACGAGGUAGUUGUCGCUCGUCAUUGCAGUAUGAAAGUGUUUGCAUAUAGUCUGGUCUCUGUGCCAAGCAUCGAUGCUCCGCAACUGCCCGAGGCCGUUCUGCUUGCCCAGCUCGAAGAUGGCGAAAAUGUUAGCAUGGAGCUACUGUGUCGCAUGGUAUACAAAAUACAUAACAAUUUGUGAUUAAACAGGAAAUUUGAAAGUGUUCAACAUAAAGAAAAGCUCGAAAACAACGCACAGAA